UUCCACGUCGCAAACAGCAAUGGUAGGCUCUAGUAUUAUGCCGAAACGUGUAGUCCGGUGUCGAUUGUGAAGUGAGUGGUUUGAAGUGAAAUAAAUUCCUAUUCAUAACAGAAUAGUUAGUUUAAAAAUAACGCAACAAAAUGAAGAAAUUUAGCAUUUUUUUAUUGUUACUCGUUUCGCCGAUUAUUCUCACUGUGAACAGAGUUCAUGCUCAAGAAGAUGAAAAUAUAGACGACAUAGUGGAUGUAGAAGGAGAAGAAAAUUCUGUAAUAACGGAUGAAGAACCUGAAGAAGAGACAACUAAUGCAUCACCUGAUGCUGAUACUACUAUAUUGUUUACUAAACCUAUUUACAAUGGAUUAUCAACGUUGGAGUUACCAGCUGGGAACUUAGUCGAAUUACUUGUUGGUUUCACCAAUAAAGGUGAAUCUGAUUUUGUUCUUGAAUCGUUAGAUGCAUCUUUUCGUUAUGCAAUGGAUUUUAACUUUUAUAUUCAGAACUUUUCAACUGUUGCAUAUAACAAGAUUGUGAAGCCAAAACAUGAGGCAACUUUGGCAUAUACGUUUCUUCCAUCAGAGAACCUUGCCGGAAGGCCCUUUGGUUUCAAUAUUAAUCUGAAUUACAGAGACAGUAAUGGCAUCAACUUCAGCGAGGCUGUUUAUAAUGAAACAGUACAGAUUAUAGAAUUAGACGAUGGUCUCGAUGGAGAAACUGUUUUUCUGUAUGUAUUCCUCGCUGCAUGUGUAAUAUUAACGCUCGUAGGAGGGCAACAGCUUCUGUCGUCUCUGGGCCGCAAAUCUCGAUCUUCUACUACCCGUAAAAUACCUAUGGAAAUGGGUACAUCCAAUCCUAACAAUGUAGAUUACGAUUGGUUGCCAAAAGAAACUUUGAAUAGAAUUAAUAAGUCUCCAAGAACUCCAAAACAGAGUCCUAGACAACGAAGAGCUAAACGAACAGGUGAUUCCGAUGACUGAAUUAUGUUAAUACACGUGUAUAUAUAUUAUUUAAAGUGGAUAGGUAGGAAGAACGAUUUCAUGUUUGUAACAAUUUUUACUAGAAAAUUGUUGAAUCCAUUUGUCAAUGAUAAACCAAGCAGAGAACAAAGAUCCCGCAACUACCUGCUUCAAAUUUUUCAGACAACAAUUUUACAUUAUUGCUCAUAAUGAAAAAUUAUAAAAUAGAUUUUAUAAUUUGCGAAUAAUAUUAUUAAACAAUGUCAUAAUAUCGCAACGAAAGGGUACGAGUUAACGAGAAGUUUUAAUUCCCCGCGAUUGAAACUAUCGUGCUAUUAUUAUGCGAUCAACUUGCAACUAUUAUUUCAUUUGAUAUUCUUUUUCCAAAUUAAUAUUCUAUGAUUUGACAUUCGACUGUAAUUAAAAUAUUUCACUUGAAAAUUUACGCAUCAUAUAAAUUUGUCACGAAUGACAUUAAAUGUCUUAAUUCUCUAUCAUUAAGAACAAGAUAAAUUUAUACAUACAUAUUGUAAUCAAAUUCAAAUGAUCAUGUUCAUUACUUGUAACAAUUUGCAAAAAGAUGUACUUUCAAUAAAUCACAAUUUUGUACAAAAUAUUUCUGUUUUU